UCGGUUAGCCAACGAAGAUGAAGGCUAUGGAGGAUUUUGUUUAACUAAUCUGCUUACCUAUAGCUGCCAGAAGUGACAGUCUUAAUGACCAUUCAGUGUUAGGGUAGACAUAAAUUGCUAAUUUGAAAUACUUUUAUAACCUAACUACUAUGUGUAAUUGAGUAUUCCAUUUCAUAAAAUUAGAUACACGGUUACCGCUUGGAAAGAAAAACACUAUAGAUUUUGUACGCUAUGUCCCGCUGCCCGUGGUUCGAAACUGGCGAGGGGAUCACGGUAAAGUGUGUCAUUCUCUGAAUUUUCUGCCAACUUCGCUCAAGGAGCUAAGCACACCUGCAUCUGUUACCAUGGGGAUUGCACUAACCAGAGCAGCGCAGUGGACCACGGCUAGUUCUGGAACUGGCAAACUAGAAAUCACUCCUCUUAAUGAAUCCUUGCUGAAAGAAAUACUCGACUUUGUGGAGAAUUUCAGCUCCAGACACCCCCAGGAGGCAAAUUUGGAGUUUAAGGAACCUCUGAAGUGGAAAACAACUUUAGAUCCUUGCAAUUUUAAAAUGGAAUAUGAAGUCAGCGGACAAACUGUAAGGUCAGUGGAAGCCAGCAGUGACGGGCAGCCCCUGCUUCAUCUGUCCUCUUCCACCAUCUGUGUGUUGACUUUUAGUCAGCUUACCAAGAUUGUACGGAUAGCAAAUGAUAAAAAGUUGAAAGAACUCCGGACUUGCCUUGAAGAAAACAGAGAUCCAGUUGCAAAGAUUCUGGGGCCCAGCUUCGCCACCGUGGAAGGAGAGGACACCUCGGUGCUGCGUUUCUUGGAGAAAGUGAACAGCAAUGAGGACAAGGAGCAUGAUGUCAGAAUUAAACUGCUGAUCCUCCUGAAACAGCUGGACACACAGCUGCUGAGCAGCUUGCUGAAGCAGAUCUCUCAAGAGAUCAGACUCAGCCCAGACACCGUAAAGAAUGAUGUGACCCUGCUGAAAAGCUUCUGUGGAAACGGGGAGCAAAGGGUGCUGAUUUCUGUGCAAUAUACAUCAGAUUAUGAAUAUUUGAAUGGUUGUCGAACGCCUCCUUGGCGUCAGGUGCACGGGGAAAUUUGUUAUCUUGUCAUACACACGUGUGACACUGAUCCUUUGUAUGUUACUUGUAGUACAGCUGGAGUCUUUCUAAAUGGGGGAAUUAAACAGGAAGGGGAUGAAAAUGCCUAUGAAAGGAAAAGUGACAUCUAUAAAGAUCUUGUGACACUUCUGAAACACCAUUCUCCUCAUUUUGCUGAACACAUAAACAAACAGGAUUUCAGAGUUCAGAAAGAGCCUCCAUCGACACAAAAGAUUGAACAUGUGGAACCGGUUGGCGCUGAGGAACAAGGCCAAACCCAAAGGUCUUACGAGCAUCAAGAAAAGAAUGUGCAUGAGAAGGCAAGACAACAGCCUGCACAGAACAAGCCAGGAAGCAAGAAGAAAUUAGAACCAUCUUCAAAAUGGAAGAACCUCGGCUUAGGAUCUCCUUAUCAGGAAGAAGAUGAUAGAAAGGCCUCAAGGAGUAGCAUUCUGGAAAGUUCUCUGCAGGGCAUUGGCAAGAAAAAGGCAGAAUUGUCCUCAUCAUCUUUACAUGGACACCAGUCUUCACAAAAAAUCAAGACCCCUGGAGGCGGGCCCAGCUCUGAGGACCAGAGCGAGAGCUCCUCAGAGGACGAGGAGGACGAGGAACAGCCAGAGCGCAGGCCAGAGAGCCACGCUGAUCUGCCCUCCGAGUACUGGCACAUCCAGAAGCUUGUGAAAUACUUAAAGGGAGGCAACCAGACAGCCACUGUAAUUGCUCUCUGCUCAAUGAGGGAUUUUAAUCUGGCACAGGAGACCUGCCAACUGGCCAUCCGGGAUGUAGGUGGCCUUGAAGUUCUCAUUAACUUACUGGAUACAGAAGAAAUCAAAUGCAAAAUCGGGUCACUGAAGAUAUUGAAGGAGAUCAGCUGUAACUCGCAGAUCCGGAGGGCCAUUGCUGACCUGCAGGGUCUGCAGACCAUGGUGAAGAUACUGGAUUCCCCAGAUAAGGAGCUCAAGUGUCUUGCUGCGGAGACCAUUGGAAAUGUAGCGAAGUUUAGGCGGGCCAGAAGGACUGUGAGACAGCAUGGGGGAAUCAAAAGGCUGGUGGAGCUCCUGGACUGUGUUCCUGACAGUGCCACCCUGACGCAGGAGCAGGAGAAGGAUGUGGAGGUGGCCCGGUGUGGAGCGCUGGCCCUCUGGAGCUGUAGCAGGAGCACCUGGAAUAAAGGGGCCAUCCGUAAGGCAGGGGGCAUCCCGCUCCUGGGCCGGCUCCUCAAGUCUCCCCACGAGAACAUGCUGAUCCCCGUGGUUGGAACACUGCAGGAGUGUGCCUCAGAGAAAACAUACAGGAUUGCAAUUCAGACUGAAGGAAUGAUCGAAGAUCUUGUCAAAAAUCUUAAUUCGGAGAACCGUGAGCUUCAAAUGCACUGUGCUAGUGCCAUCUUCAAGUGUGCAGAAGACAGAAAGACACGUGAUCUGGUCAGGAGGUACGAAGGUCUGCGGCCACUAGUGGCUCUCCUGCAGGAGACUGAGAACAAGCAGCUUCUAGCUGCUGCUACAGGGGCCAUCUGGAAGUGUUCCAUCAGCAUGGAGAAUGUAGAGAAGUUUCAGGAGUACAAGGCUUUGGAGACACUGGUGGCCCUGUUGACAGAGCAGCCCGAGGAGGUGUUGGUGAAUGUAGUGGGUGCCCUCGGAGAAUGUGCCCAGAACCCCCCCAACCGGGCCGUCAUCAGGAAGUGCGGCGGCAUCCAGCCCCUGGUCAACCUCCUGACGGGAACUAACCAGCCGCUGCUGGUCAACGUCACCAGGGCCGUGGGCGCAUGUGCCAUGGAGCCGGAAAACAUGGCGGUAAUCGACCGCUUGGAUGGCGUUCGCCUGCUCUGGUCCCUUUUAAAGAAUCCGAAUCCAGAUGUGCAAGCCAGCGCGGCGUGGGCAAUCUGUCCCUGCAUUGAGAACGCGAAGGAUGCCGGGGAGAUGGUGCGCUCCUUCGUCGGCGGGCUGGAGUUGAUCGUUCAUCUAUUGAGAUCGACAAGCAAGGACGUGCUGGCAGGCGUCUGCGCUGCCAUCGCUGAAAUCGCCAAGGACGAGGAGAAUCUGGCAGUGAUCACGGACCAUGGGGUCGUGGCCUUGCUGGCGAGACUGACAGAUAUGGAGGAUAACCUACUCCGUCGUUACCUGGCAGAGGCCAUCGCCCACUGCUGUGCGUGGGGGGCCAACCGAGUGUCGUUCGGGGAGGCGGGAGCUGUGGCACCCCUGGUGCGUUACCUGAGGUCCGACAAUGCCUCGGUUCAUCGGGCCACGGCCCAGGCCCUGUUCCAACUCUCCAAGGAUCCGGACAACUGCAUCACCAUGCACGAGAAUGGAGUGGUCAAGCUGCUCCUGGGCAUGAUGGGAUCCACAGACGAGCUCCUCCAGGAAGCGGCGGCCGGCUGCGUGGCCAACAUCCGGCGGCUGGCUCUGGCCAAUGAGAAGGCCAGAUAUGGAUAAAAACAAAUAAGUAAAAACGAAUCGGACGUGGAGGGCGAUGCGGAUUCUGUGAGUCGUCCCGGCGUGGUCUAUCAGCUACGUGCGAGGUGGAGAGCUCCCCCGGUAGCUCACUCUGGAAGCACAUUAAAGGCCGCACUGUGUGGCGAGCGGCAGCAGAUGUUACCAAGCUGAUGUUGGCUUCCAGAUCACCCCUCUCACACAGCAGCAGGCAGUCUGCAGAUCCAGCCCAUCCCCGGGACUCUUUCCAUUGGGUUUUAUGCGAGUGUUUAUGAAACUCCUUUUCCUCAAUGACUAAGUUAAUAACAACAUUACAUGCCUUGUUUUUUUCUGUGUAUGCUAAUGCCAAAUACUGUACACAUUCCUUUCGGUUAAACAAGGCUUCACCUUGUAUGGCCUGGACGUAAUACAUAUGAGUGAGACAACUCUGAA